AUGGGGGGCGGAGGGUCGGCCCUGAGGGUCUGCGCCGACCACCGCGGGGGCAUCAACUGGCUCAGCCUGAGCCCGGACGGGCAGCGCCUGCUGACGGGCAGCGAGGACGGCACGGCCCGGCUCUGGAGCACCGCGGACGGCCAGUGCUGCGCGCUCCUGCAAGGGCAUGAGAGCUACGUGACCUUCUGCCAGCUGGAGGACGAGGCUGCCUUCACAUGCAGCGCUGACCGCACCAUCAGAAAGUGGGACGUGCGCACUGGGCAGUGCCUGCAGGUCUUCCGAGGACACACGUCCAUCGUGAACAGGAUCCUGGUCGCCAACAACCAGCUCUUCAGCAGCUCCUACGACCGCACAGCUCGAGCCUGGAGCGUGGACAAGGGACAGGUGGCUCAGGAGUUCCGAGGCCACCGCAACUGCGUGCUGACCCUAGCCUACUCCGCGCCCUGGGACCUGCCCGGGGCUCCCUGCGCCGAGGAGGUUGGGGGGCUCCUGGUGACGGGCAGCACGGAUGGCACGGCCAAGGUGUGGCAGGUGGCCAGCGGCUGCUGCCACCAGACGCUGCGGGGCCACACGGGAGCCGUGCUCUGCCUUGUGCUGGACACGCCCAGUCACACCGCCUUCACCGGCAGCACCGACGCCACAAUCCGCGCCUGGGACAUCCUGAGCGGGGAGCAGCUGCGGGUGUUCAGGGAGCACCAGGGCUCUGUCAUCUGUCUGGAGCUCGUGAACCGGCACGUGUACUCGGGCAGCGCGGACAGGACGGUCAAGUGCUGGCUGGCAGACACCGGGGAGUGCGUGCGCACGUUUGCGGCGCACCGGCACAGCGUGAGCGCCCUCAGAUACCACGCGGGCACCUUAUUCACGGGCAGCGGGGACGCCCGCGCGCGCGCCUUCGACGCCCAGUCCGGAGCGCUGCAGAGGGUGUUCCGCGGCCACGCCUUCGUCAUCAACUGCAUCCAGGUGCACGAACAGGUGCUGUACACGGCGUCGCACGACGGCGCGCUGCGCCUCUGGGACGUGCGCGGCCUCCCGUGCGCGCCGCCGCCGCGCCCCGCCGCCCCCGCGCGCAGCCGCUCCCGCCUCUUCAGCAACAAGGUGGGCUGCGCCGCCGCGCCCCUGCAGCCCGCCUGA